AUGUCUCGGAGACCACACCCCACCCCAUUGGUCAUCCCGCCACUGAGUGUGGAGCACACGCAUACUAUCAUCUCGCUCCAUGGAAGAGGCAGUAAUGCUGAGCGCUUCGGUCAUGAGCUCCUUGCAUCGGCAAAUCUGCAAGCCCGGCUUCCUACAGUGAAAUUUGUCUUUCCCACUGCGCGCAAGCGGCGGUCAACUGUACUCAAGAAGAUCCUCAUUCAUCAGUGGUACGACAACUAUUCCCUCGAAGAUCCUGGACAAAGAACAGACCUUCAGGUGGAAGGGCUCUACGAGACUGCUGAAUUUAUUCGCGGCUUAGUUACCGAAGAGGCACGGAUUUUAGGCGAGGAAAAUUAUUCAAAAAUCAUCCUCUGGGGGCUGAGCCAAGGCUGUGCGGCGGGUAUUUUCACGCUUUUGGGUGGCUGGGCCGACACUAGUGAAGCACGUCCACUCGGGGCAUUUAUUGGGAUGAGUGGCUGGCUGCCAUUUGAACAGCAAUUACGCGAGAUUCUCCGAUACGACAGAGACCAAGUCUCGGCUAGAGAUGAUCGUCUUGAAAUACAAUCGGGAGACGGCUUGUGCGAGGAAAGUGAAAGUGAUGAAGAGUCGGAAGCAGAUGCAUAUUCCGAACAAAGCCCCGACGACAAAGUAUUAGAGGAAAUCGACCCUCCAAGAGAUGACCUCAAUUCCUUUAAUGAGAUUGAAGAAGACAGCCCACCGCAUGAUAUCUUCAAUCCAUUUGAGGAGGACGAGGAAGAAGCUCCGUCGGUCAUCCAGGCUAUCAAUCACAUUCGUGAUAUCCUUGCUCUUCCUAUGAUUGUAAGCGACACUCAGCUAUCGGAAGAUAGCUAUCCGCCGAAUUUAUGUCACCUCCGCACUCCUGUUUUUCUUGGCCAUGGCGCCGAAGAUCCUAAAGUUUCUGCGGGUCUUGGCAAAAAGAUGUCUAACAUGCUGCUAGACGGUCUGGGCAUGGAUGUGGCAUGGAAGGAAUAUCAGGGAUUAGGGCAUUGGUACCGUGUCGAAGAUGAGAUCGAAGAUAUUCUGAGCUUUCUUCAGGACCGUGUUGACCUACCAGUGAUAUCAUCGUCGUCCCUUCCCUAA